AUGGAGAUUGCGUCACUGAAUGAAACUGCUCUGAACAGCACCAUGGACAGCGCCACUAUGGACAGAGCCAACCGCACCUAUAUGCCUUAUUACCUGCACUCCACUGGCAUGUCCGUCAUCUAUAUCCUGUGCUAUGUGGCGGUUCUCCUGCUCUGCAUCGGGGGGAACGUGCUGGUCUCCCUGGUGGUCCUCCGGAACCGCAACAUGCGCUCCGUCACCAACCUCUUUAUCCUCAACUUGGCCAUCAGUGACCUGCUCAUUGGAGUGUUCUGCGUUCCAACGACUUUGAUUGACAGCCUAAUAUCAGGAUGGCCAUUUGGCCAGAUUACAUGCACCAUGAGCAACCUGGUCCAGGGGAUGUCAGUGUCAGCAUCAGUCUUCACUCUGGUGGCCAUAGCUGUUGACAGGUUCACAGGUAUUGUGUACCCCUUUAGACAUCGAAUGAGGCCUGUGACUGCUCUCCUCACUAUCCUCUUCAUCUGGGUGCUGGCGUUUGCUGUCAUCUGCCCCUCGGCCGCCACCCUGACCAUCAUUCACCUGGAGGACACCUACCUGGUCCAGGACAAACAGACCUACCCUGUCUUCGUCUGCUUCGAGAACUGGCCCCGACCCGAGAUGCGUCGGGUCUACACCAUGGUCAUCUUCGUGCAUGUGUACCUGGCCCCCCUGGGUGUCAUCAGCAUCAUGUAUGGCUGCAUCGUUGCCAAGCUCUCAGUCAACCUGAGGCAGGUGAGCCUGGCAGAGGUGCGGAGGGCCCACUCCCAACGCAGGGUUAAAGUGAUCAACAUGCUGAUCAUGGUGGCGGUGCUCUUCAUGGUGUCAUGGCUACCUCUGUGGACGCUGAUGCUGCUGACUGACUACAGGGAUCUGGACACGCAGCAGAUUGACUUCCUCAGCAGCUACCUGUUCCCUGUGGCCCACUGGCUGGCCUUCUUUAACAGCGGGAUUAACCCCAUCAUCUAUGGCUUCUUCAAUGAGAAUUUCCGCAGGGGGUUCCAGGCUGCAGUGGACUGCAGGUCCUGUUCACAAAAAACAACAACAGGGGUGGUUAAUACACGCUUUAACUUCCCGCCCCCUAACAGAGUAUUCAAUGAGAACCCUGAGUCCCCUGGUGGGAGGAAAGGCCACUGCUCCAAGGGCACUCCUAAGAUUAUCCCACAUGGAACCAAUGAAAUCCUCCUGGAUGACAUGAACAGGAAUGUUGCACUCAACAGGGUGAUUGGAGCCUGGGUGGAGGGACUCUAAUUAGGGCUGUGACGAUUAUAGAUUUUUGUAUAGAUUAAUUGUAAUGCUCAUAAUUGUAAUGUUUGUAGAUUUUUUUUUUGAGCUUGUAAUGCAUCAUAGUGCAUCUUAAAAAAUUAGCUAUGACAUACUUAAUGAAUACAACAUAGCUUUGUUGACACACCCCUCUCUCAAAAACAAAUAGUUUUGACCGCUGGGAACUUUUGGAAAUGAAGCUUCCCCUCCCAACCAUGCUGUUCUGCUUGCAAAAUGAUUACCAACAUUACCCACCCAUGGUGUAAAAAAAAACAUGCUAUUGAGAAAAAAAUAAAAACAUGCUAUUGAGAAGAAAAAAAUAUACUGCUAACUACAUCUAU